CAAUAAAUAAUCAUGCUGGGAUUGGUCUUUCGUGGCGUCUUUCUCAUCGGUAUACUCACCUGGUACAGCACCAGCGUGUGGAAAAUGAUCGACGGCUACUUCAAGGAUCAGUUUCGAAGCUACUUGGAGGAAGAGUAUCGAAAGAAUCCGCGAAUGAAAUCCGAUGUGCAAAGUGACUCGGCCGAUAAGAUCGAUCCCGCUUCGACCACGCCACGCCCCGAAGCAUCAGUGGCGCCGCUGCGAGAGAUUCUCGAACUUAACGAAACGUUGACGGUCGAAGCUGCAGGAAAUGACACAAUUCGAUCGGACGAGGGGCAACGAGUGACAGGUGGCACCAGUGAAAACGGGGCCGACACAGGGGGAUCUAUCGAUAAAAAUACAUUCCUAGAAACGAUCGUGGAAUCGGGGCUGGAAAGUAGUAGUAAGUCGUCCGAGAACGAACAGGAUUCUCGACAGCCUAUUAAUCACAAUGACCGUGACCUCGAACGUCACGAGAACGACGAUCGUCAUCCAUCAGUCUCCCAGGUGUCUAAGAACUCGAUGAAAGGAGUUCAAUGCAACAAAAGAGCAACCGUUUCUAGGGACAUUUCACGCGAGAAAAAGUCGUCCAAGAAGCGAAACGUGAAGACGAUCACGUUGACGGAGAAGGAUUUUAAAUCGGUUAUCAGAAAUCAUGUAUCUAACGACGAUUUCUGGGAAUUCGAGGAGGAUGCGGAUGAAAAGAAACCGUUGGAGGGCAUUUUGGUCUCUCAGUUGCCGUAUAAACCGAGAGCCGAUAUAGGGAAUUUGGAAAGGGUCAGUGCGGAUGAGUAUUGUCCCCUGAGCUUGGAGGACGAGGCUUCUUGCGAUGAAACGUUUAAGUGGCCUUGAAAAUUUAACGAUAAUUUAAAUUUAGGAAGUUUAGUAAAUUUAGUGUAAAUUUAAUAGAAUGUAUUAUGUGAAACAAACAAGUAGAGGAAAAUUAGUUAAUAUUAGAUAUUUUGGGUGUAGGCGUAUUAGACUGUUGGAAGAAAUAUUGAAACAUUUCGCAAGUAUCGCAGCUAUAUUAAAAUGACUCAUUGUUAAUAAAUGUAUCAUCGAUUUUCAUGCAAAAGGUCAUGAAUAUAUUUUGAAUAUAUUAGUAUAAACUUUAAAUUGUUUAAUAUUAUAUAUUAAUAUCUGGAUUCCUUAAGAUAUAGUUCCUUAAAAUGAAACUUGUAAUUGUUCAUAUCUUCCUGUUAAAAGAUUUUAAAAUCUAGCUGGGUUAUCAUUAUUUUAGCAUAUUUAUCAAAUUCAGAAUUCCACUAUGAGAAAGUGAUUGAUAUCACAGAAGUUGAAUAAUGUUAAAUAUUUUAGAUAUUAAGUUAAAAAAAAAAAUAGCUUUGCAAGCAAAAGUAGAAAUUAAUAGAAUUUUAAUAGUAUUAAUAUUUCCUACAAAAUUUCGAAUGAAUACUUCGAAAAUAUAUUCCUAUUUAAAAGUUGAAAAGUUUUAUUAAAAAAAUAUUUUCGAAUAAAUAUCUAUACUCGAAACUCUUAUUUAUCUAUACUCGCAUUCCUAUUUAAAAGCUAAGAAAUUUUAUUAAAAAAUAUCUUUGAUUAAACUAUUAUAUGUCGUAUAUAAUUUCUCGAGUUAUGACUAUGCAUUAUUCGAGCAACAAAAGAAAUUAUUGAAAAUAAACAUCGUCGAUGAACAAUAAUUUCACGGUCCCCCAUUUUUACGCGUUCUUAAAAAAAAAAAAAAAAAAAGAAAAAGAAAAAGAAAAAAGAGAAGAAUCGUUUUAUAAAUAAGAAUGUAGACAUAAUACAUCAAAGGUAUAUUGACUUCUUGCUCGAUCGAAGAAAUCUCGGCAGGAGAUUGCAAAAUGUGCCUCGUCACUUCAAGUGUACAAUGCGAUUCCUCUUUCGAUGAAACUUCUCGAGCUGUGGCGCGUGAAAGAAGUCUCCUUUCCCGAAACUCCAUCGCGAUUAACGACACCGCUUUGACUAUUAAUCAUGUGUGCAAUUCAUUAUGAAGGAGAAAAGAAACGACGAUCUGGGUCAAUGUUAACUGCCCCAAGUUUCCAGUGCUGACGAAACUUCAAAGGUACGAAAAAAAGGCUUGCAAAAGGAAUGUAAGGAAUGUAAAGGAGAGGAUAAUCGGAUUAACCGAUUAAACCAUGGUAGAAAAAGCGUAUCGUUUAUACGGAAAGGAAGGAACGUAUUGCCUUCUUAAUAACUUAAUCGCUUAAUAACUUAAUUCCAUAACGAGAAGGGUUAAACAGAGAGUAACUAUAAAAAAACCGAUAAUGUGUGAUGGUUUCUGUGCUCUAGUGUUGUAAAAAACGAUCAGUGAUGGGAUAAAGUAAUCACGAAUAAAUUCGAAUCUAACUGAAAGUUUCAUCGAAUUCCUGGUGAAACAGUUUUGUGAACAGUUUUCGAAAAAUAUAAAUAUUUUUAAAUUGAAAUUUGAUAUAAAAAUGAUAUAAAAAUCUGAUCUAAUUUUUUAAUAAUAUAUCAAGUAUAAAUUAAACAUACAAUUCUCAGAUACACAAAACGAUUAAAAUAAGAAUAUCGAAAUAAAAUUAUCGUGAAGAAGAAAAAAAAAAAUUCCAUGUUUCGCUAAUCUACAAUUACAACAAAGAUCGAUCAAAAAUAUGGAAAUUAAGAUAUAAAAGAAAUCGAAUAAACCGAGGAACAACCUCGUAGCUUUCCAUCUAAUUACCACGGCUGAACGUAUCAAUUAUCACGAACCAGUUAAUCUCUCUUUCAGAUAUCCAAAGCAGACUCCGGACAUAAUGACCGAAGUUGCUAUUAACUGUAUACAGUUUACUUUCCACCACAAAACGUCAAACAUUCGUGACUAAGAUGGCCCGAGGAAUCAAGGCCACGGUUAUAUGGCCUUUGACCCCGAAACUGAGACCUCGUACACGAGGAGACUAAGCUGGCGUGAAAGUGCAGAGAAAUUUGCGAUUUAUGAGGUAUUAUCCGGUAUGCGAGCUUAUGGACCGCAAGGGAAACUGAAUCGCGGCAAAGCGUGAUGAAAAUUCUCGUUUUUGUAUUAUUGUUCGUUCACUCGCCUCGUCGCAAUUCUUUCGCUCGAUAAGUUAUCGCGCUUCCGUGCAUUAAGAUUAUUGUUGACCGGUUUAAUGUUAUACCGUUGCGAGUAUAUAUGUAUAUAUUGAUACACGAGUCUAAGUGAUAGCGCUAUUCCCCUUGUUCAUGAAAUAAUUUUAUGCGCGACGUGACUGCUAUGAUUCAGAGUAUUAUUCCGUGAUACUUAGUUACACGUAGUAUAAAAUAAAAAUCGUUGUCCUUGCAUUUUAUGACGAAGUUGUAUGGAGUGUCGUACACGAUUGAUAUUUGUUAAUCGUUAACAUUUUGUUAGAAGUGUAGCGUGACUCAGUGUAGCGUGACUUAGCGUAGAAAUAAGGAAAUAUUUUUAGAGUUUAAAUUUUGCGAAGAAUUUUUAAAUUAUACAUAUAUAUAUAUGUAUAUAUUUGUGAAUUUAUAAAAAUUUAGCGAUGCGAUAGAAGAAAUACAAGGAUAGAUUGUAUUGAAAAAAAAAAAUCUAAUAAAAAAAAGAAAGAUCAAUUGAAAUUAA